GAGUUCCGAACGGCCUUGCUCGAGCCUUCCGGCGGUCGCUGGCUGAUGGUCUUUCCAGAAACCUCCGAGAAGGCCAAAGCACAGGCAUCACUUGUUUGGAGCAAGUUGAAGCUCGGAGCGGCUGGGGCGGCAGCUGAGAAGGGCGCCAUUUACAUCGGCCACGGCGUCUUGGAUUCGUUGCUCAACUACCUGGGCACCUUGUGGGUGGGCAAUGCCGGGAAGGUGGUGGAAAAGGUGGUGGAG